GCAGGCGUGCUCAUACCGGCAUAUUCACUCAGCUUCCACAUCGCUCUCCCUUCUCCAUCUCUGUGUCUCUAUCCCUCCCUACUCUCUCCGCUGGUGGAUUUUAGCCCACUGCUGUGUGGAACACCGCCAAAAUGUCUGACAAGCCUGACAUGACUGAGAUUGCCCGUUUCGACAAGGCAAAGCUGAAGAAGACAGAAACAAAAGAAAAAAACCCUCUGCCCACCAAAGAGACCAUCGAGCAAGAGAGGAAAGGUGAUGCCACACCUUGACUUCUGAGCACAGGAAGAAAAGAAGCUGAGAUGCCACAGCAAAAAGCACUUUCUUUUAAUUAUCACAGUAUUUCAAUCCCUUACGUUGUCUUCAGAAAAGUGACUGGGAUGCCGUAAGGUUAUAUGGCAUCUUCACAUGGGGGCUCUCUUACCACUCGGGUGGAAAAACUUUAGCCUUGGUGCCUGUCUUGCACUAUUAGCCUAUAGCUAACAUGUCUCCAAUAUUGCCAAACUGGGGAGUGGUGUAGUGAUGUAGCACAGAGAGACAGGCAGGCAUCCAGGCUAAGGGGA